UCAAGAUGGCGGUGGGGCCGGGAGGAGAGUGAGCGAAGGCGGCUGCGCUCCCUCUCCGGGGGAUGGAGGAGUCCCGCACGGGGAUGGGUCAAGCAGUCAUCUUCUUUUGCUUGCCCUGAAGAGCGACGAGCGGGGACGCGAGUGCGGACCAUGGCGGGCAUAAUCAAAAAGCAGAUCCUGAAGCAUCUUUCCAGGUUCACCAAGAAUCUGUCACCUGAUAAAAUCAACCUGAGCACAUUGAAAGGUGAAGGUCAGCUAACCAAUAUAGAGCUUGAUGAAGAAGUACUUCAGAAUAUGCUAGACCUUCCCACCUGGCUUGCCAUCAACAAAGUAUUUUGUAAUAAGGCAUCUAUUAGGAUACCAUGGACAAAAUUGAAAACGCAUCCAAUCUGUUUGUCAUUGGAUAAAGUAAUAAUGGAAAUGAGUACAUGUGAAGAACCCCGUGCCCCAAAUGGACCAUCACCUAUAGCAACUGCAUCAGGACAAAGUGAAUAUGGUUUCGCUGAGAAAGUUGUAGAAGGCAUAUCUGUUUCUGUAAACUCCAUUAUAAUCCGAAUUGGAGCAAAAGCUUUCAAUGCUUCAUUUGAACUUUCUCAGUUGAGAAUAUAUAGUGUAAAUGCAAAGUGGGAACACGAUGAUCUAAGAUUUACUCGAUUACAAGAAUCUCAGCGUGGAGAGGUAUUGACAUUUAAAGAAAUCAACUGGCAGAUGAUCAGAAUAGAAGCAGAUGCAAUCCAAAGCUCUCAGCAUGAAAUCAUGAGUGCUCCAGUUCGUCUGAUUACUAACCAAUCCAAAAUUAGAGUCAUACUUAAAAGAAGGUUAAAAGAUUGCAAUGUGGUGGCAUCCAAACUAAUUUUAAUAUUGGAUGAUUUACUGUGGGUUUUGACUGAUUCCCAGUUGAAAGCUAUGGUACAGUAUGCUAAAUCUCUUAGUGAAGCAAUAGAGAAAUCAGCUGAACAGAGGAAAAGCCUUGCUUCUGAACCCAUGCAGAGUUCCUCUUCAGCAUACAAUUCUCAGGAGGUGAAAACUCAACAAUCUUCAGCAGCUACUGAUCAAAAUGACGCAAUUGUAAAACUAUUCAAUGAUUUUGAUGUUAAAGAAACAUCUUACCAUGUAGCAAUUUCUCAUUUAGAUCUGCAUAUCUGUGAUGAUAUUUACACCAAGGAAAAAGAUGCAAACAGGCGUGUUUCAGGAGGUGCUAUGCAGCUGUCCUUUAGUCAAUUAACUGUUGACUACUAUCCUUUUCACAAAGCAGAUGAGAGCUGCAGCCAUUGGAUGCAUUACAGUGAUGCUACAAAAGCCAGAAGUGAAUGGGCAGAAGAACUGCUGCAAGAGUUCAAAGGAAAUGUUGAAUUGCUUAAGCAGGCUGUGAAGGAUCACAAUUUAGAUUCUCCAGUUAAAUCCCCAUUUCAGGAGUCUCCGCAGCAUAUGCAGAUAGGCAAGGAUCAAAUGUCAAAAGGAAUUUCUAAGACUUUUGGGUCAUCACAGCAGCCAAAGGAAAAAUUGAUGUCCAGCCCAGUGGUAGUUAGACUUGCAGAUGUCAAUUUUUAUCAGGUCUCUACAGCAGACCAGUGUCGCCGUUCUCCUAAAACUCUUAUUUCCUGCAAUAAAAAGUCUCUGUAUCUCCCACAAGAAAUGCCAGCCAUUCAUAUUGAAUUCACUGAAUACUACUAUCCAGAUGGCAAAGACUUUCCUA